AUGGCCCAGAUCAGAGGUACAGCCGGCUACCAUCUUGGUGGCCCGACCCCUUUCGGUGGUCCCAAGAACGAAGUCGCCGACCCCAGUCCCUUAGACGCGAUUAGGGAACAAACCAGUAAGAUUGAGGACAUUUUGGAUACUAUCAGCGAGCCCAUCAAGCCAUACCUCCCUGCUAUCGGGCGCUUCUUGAUUGUCGUUACAUUCCUCGAGGAUGCCCUAAGAAUCUUAACCCAAUGGUCCGACCAACUGGUGUAUCUGAAUAGCUACAGGCAUAUUCCUAGCGGUUUAACACAUCUCUUCCUCAUCGUAAACGUCGUUACCAUGGUUUCUUGCUCCAUCAUGGUCAUCAUUCGUAAGCAUUCAGAUUAUGCUGUUGCCGGCCUCGUAGGUGUCGUUGUCACGCAGGCGCUCGGAUACGGAUUGAUCUUCGACCUCAACUUCUUCCUCCGAAACCUCUCCGUCGUUGGUGGCUUGAUCAUGGUUCUGUCCGACUCCUGGGUUAGGAAGACCAAGGCGUUCGCCGGCCUACCCCAGAUCGACGAGAAGGACCGAAAGAUGUACUUCCAGCUAGCUGGUCGUGUGCUUCUGAUCUUCCUGUUCAUCGGCUUCGUUUUCAGCGGCGACUGGUCCAUUUGGAGGAUCGCUGUCUCUGUCAUUGGUCUUAUCGCCUGUGUCAUGGUUGUUGUUGGAUUCAAGGCCAAGUUCAGCGCCACCCUCUUGGUUCUUAUUCUGAGCGUCUUCAACGUCUUGGUUAACAACUUCUGGACUCUUCACGAGCACCACCCCCACAAGGAUUUCGCCAAGUACGACUUCUUCCAGAUUCUGUCAAUUGUCGGCGGUCUUCUCCUGCUAGUUAACAGCGGCCCCGGCCAAUUCAGCAUCGACGAGAAGAAGAAGGUCUAUUAG